UGCAACCCUUUACCCAAGACCCAAAAUGGUGAAAGCUGUGAUAUUGGUUGGAAGACUACAGAAAGGAACGCGCUUCCGACCUCUCUCGUUAGAAAUCCCCAAACCCCUCUUUCCUAUUGCUGGUCAACCAAUGAUACAACACCAUUUCGAGGCGUGCGCUAAGGUACCAGAAAUGAAGGAAAUCAUUUUAAUCGGUGGCUACGACAGUGAUCAGAUGAGACGGUUUGCUCAGAAGAUGCAAAAGGAAUUUUCAAUUCCAGUCAGAUAUCUUCAAGAGCACGAGUCUCUCGGUACUGCUGGUGGGAUAUACCAUUUUCGAGACCAAAUCCUGAGUGGAUCUCCGGAGUGUUUCUUUCUGUUCAACUGUGACAUCUGCUGCGAUUUCCCCUUAGUUGACUUACUGAAAUUCCACAGAGAACACACACCAGCUGACGGCAUCACUAUGAUGGGAACAGAUGCCAAUAGGAAACAAGCAGUGAACUAUGGUUGUAUAGUGGAAAAUAGCGAUACUCACGAAGUCAAACAUUAUGUUGAGAAACCAGAGACGUUUGUAAGCAGCAUCAUUAACACAGGAGUAUACAUCCUCUCGCCCAAUGCGUUUGCUCACAUGAGCACAGUCUUCAGACAAAACUAUGAAGGAAAUUACAGAGACAGACCAAUGAGUCCAGUGAGAGACAGUAUCAGUUUGGAGCAAGACAUCAUCUCUCCACUGGCUGGAACAGGAAAGAUAUUUGUCUAUAAAACAUCGAGAUUCUGGUCGCAGAUCAAAACUGCAGGGUCUGCUAUCUAUGCCAAUCGAUUGUAUUUGGGACUUUUCAGACAGACCUGUCCUGAGAGGUUGACAGUUAACGAGGCAGACCAGCCAACAAUUAUUGGAGAUGUAAGAAUACACCCUACAGCUGAUAUCAAUCCAACAGCAAUGUUGGGGCCAAAUGUGUACGUUGGCCCAGGAGUUGUCAUCAGGGCUGGAGCUCGAGUGAAAGAGUCAAUCAUCCUCGACAGUGCCGAACUAAUGGAUCACUGCUGUGUGCUGCACAGCAUUGUUGGCUGGCAUUCUGUGGUGGGCGAGUGGGCCAGGGUAGAAGGCUUUCCCUGUGAUCCGAAUCCCAAUGAUCCACUUGCACGAGUCAACAGUGACACGGUGUUCAACGACGAAGGUCGUCUUAACCCAUCCAUCACAAUCCUAGGAAAGAGUGUGUUUAUUCCACCAGAAGUGAUUGUUCUCAAUUCAAUUGUCCUGCCACACAAGGAACUAUCGGGCAGCUACAAGAAUCAGAUUAUAUUGUAACUGUCUGCUGCAGUAGCUCACAUAGUCAAGAGAGACAUCAAGUUGGAGUUCUUUUCUACAUUUGCCACCUUGUAGUUGGUUGAAUAAAAUUGAAUUCAAUCAAGGUGUUUGAUGCACCAUUCCAAGCAUGCACCUUCCUCACAAAUGCUGUCUUCCACUUAGG